AUGCCAAAGCGUGGUGUAGAGGCCGAAGAGGCCAGCGGGGCGCUGAAAGCUGGUGACCGGCCUAUGGAAGACGCCCCGCCAGACGAGAUAGGGGAGUUCGAGGAUGAAUUUGAAGACGAGUUCGAGAGUGAAGAUGAGAUCAUAGAAGCCGGAGUUGACGGCCGGCCAGAUGCAGAGCGUGAAGCUGAAGAGCAAAGGGAUGCAAUGGAAGUGGACAAACAAACAUUUAUCCCCGGUAGAACGAAGCUGGCUCCUGGAGAGACUCUAUCACCUGAUCCAUCCACUUAUGAUAUGCUUCAUACUCUUAGCACACCGUGGCCGUGCCUAUCAUUCGACAUUGUCAGAGAUAGCUUAGGUGGUAAUCGAAAACUAUAUCCAGCAACCGUGUAUGCAGUUUCUGGUACACAGGCGGACUCGAGGAGGGCGAAAGAGAACGAGCUUAUGGUGCUCAAGUUAAGCGGGCUAAGCAGAAUGGAACGCGAACGUAAUGACGACUCGGACGAUGAAUCAGAUUCAGACGACGAUUCCUCUUCAGAACCCAUACUCGAGUCAAAGUCGAUACCUCUCAAUUCCACAACUAACCGGAUUCGGUCGCACCAGACACCACAUGCCUCCGGGGACCCAACAAAGCCGCCUCAGACCCUUGCAGCGUGUAUGUUAGAGAAUACACAGGUUGUUAUCCAUGAUGUGUCGCAACAUUUGGCCAGUUUUGACAAUCCAGGAUUGAUAAUCCCUCCAUCAGCAGCUAAACCAUUAUCCACGCUACGAAUGCAUAAAUCGGAAGGUUAUGCCCUUGACUGGUCUCCUCUUUACCCUCUAGGGAAACUUCUUACAGGCGACAAUGAUGGCCUGAUAUACGUCACUACUCGGUCGGAGGGUGGUGGGUGGGUUACUGAUUCCCGGCCGUUUGUGGGACAUUCAUCAUCUGUGGAAGAAAUUCAAUGGUCACCUAAUGAGAAGAAUGUGUUUGCAUCCGCCAGCAGCGAUGGGACCGUAAAAGUGUGGGAUGUUCGGUCUAAAUCUCGAAAGCCAGCAGUUGACGUGAAGAUCUCAAAUACAGACAUAAAUGUCAUGAGUUGGUCGAAGCAGACUUUCCACCUUCUCGCUACAGGUGCUGAUGAUGGUCAGUGGGGUGUUUGGGAUUUAAGACAGUGGAAACCCGAGCCUUCGAAUGCUGGAUCUUCUCAGAUCAAAGCAGAGGCGGUCGCUUCGUUCGAUUUCCACACGGAGCCAAUUACCAGUAUCGAAUGGCAUCCAACUGAUGACAGCGUUGUUGCUGUUAGCUCUGCGGACAAUACCCUUACACUUUGGGAUCUUGCGGUCGAGCUAGACGACGAGGAGUCCCGAGAGGAGGCUGGUUUGGCUGACGUCCCAUCACAACUGCUGUUCGUACAUUACAUGGAGAUGGUAAAGGAGUUGCAUUGGCAGGAGCAGAUGCCGGGUACAAUCAUGGCUACUGGUGGUAAUGGUUUCGGUGUUUUCAAAACUAUCAGCGUUUAA